AGUUUCACGGGGGGCGCCAGCAGUUUCACGGGUUCACGUUUUUAGGCUGCGGUUGAUGUUGAUGGCCGCAUCUGUGGGUGUCGAGUAAAAGGCUUUGCAGUGCUUUCUCUUACUUCGCGCUUGCGUGAGCGUUAAACUAGUGUCAGUUUCAAGAUAACUGCGUUGUCGGACCAGCGUUUUGUUUAACGUGAACUAAGGGUGGCUGUCCGGUGCGCAAGGCCUCCGUUCUUGCGCGUCACGUAAAUGGCUUUGUCAAAUCAAAUCGCGACUUCUAUGUGUGCACGCUCGCAAAUUUACUCAUUUUACUUUUCAGCUAUUCGAAGGUGCGUGCCAGUACCUCGCCUAGUCUGAAUCCCGUGCUGCCAUGAACACAGGCUAUGUCCGCGAUUCUUUAAGCUUGGAACGGGAAGGCAAAGUUAGGGAAGUUGGAGCGCAGGCCGUGUGGUCACUAUCGUCUUGCAAGCCGGGAUUCGGCGUUGAUCAGCUGCGGGACAACUGCCUCGACACGUACUGGCAAUCCGAUGGGCCGCAGCCGCAUCUAGUCAACAUUCAGUUCCGUCGCAAGACGACCAUCCAGGGGAUAUGCAUUUACGCCGACUAUAAGCUCGACGAAAGCUACACCCCUAACAGGAUUUCUGUGCGUGUGGGCAGCAGUUUCCACGACCUACAGGAGCUGGAGGCUGUGGACUUGACGGAACCUACGGGCUGGGUGCACAUUGCGACAUGUGACGCAGCUGGCCAUCCUGUGCGUACCUUCUUUGUGCAAAUUGCUGUGCUCUCGAAUCACCAGAACGGCCGGGACACCCACCUCCGCCAGAUUAAGGUGCACUCGCCUGUGCAGCAAGCGAACGUCAGUGUCGUGCCCAAAGUCAACUUCACCAGUGUCGACUGCCGUGCCUUCAGCUGCAUACGCUGACUGUGUAACGAGCCUGCUUUCCCACUGAACAGAAAGGAGUUCAUGUCAUUUUGCAGUUGACUUUUUCUAAACAUUAUUAGUUUUUUUUGUCGCUUCAUUCAAAACUGUGACACAUUUGCUAAAAGAAAAUGGCAGAAGAUCUUGA